AUGAUCAACCUGGCGCCUCAUAACCCGACCCCGACGCCAACUGUGACCACAGAGAAGGGAAAGAAACACCCAGACUCGUUGUUUGGCCCUAAUAUCGGCAUUGUUAGCAGUGGACCUGCUUGGACGACAAACAAGGAGAAGAAGGUUCUCGCUGAUGAGCUCACGCCGGACGUGGUUCGUGGGUGGAUAGAGAAGAGCAAAGUGGCGAGCGAACCCACGACCACCUUGCAAGCCCUGGUUAAUCUGAAGCGUCCUACUCUGCGCUUAUCUCCACUAACAUCGGGCGAAGAUUCGGUACCAGACAAUCUCCAUCAUGGGCUGGAAUUCGAGUUCGAUUGCGAUGCCCCCAAAUGCGGAAUCUAUGUCCAUGUCCUACUCGAUGCCAAUCAUCCCGACGCCCCUGCAGCCACUUCUCCUAACGGUCUAUCUAAGCUACUCGUCUUCGAAACUGUCGUCGAAGGAGGGUUUGGCAAGGUCCUCAAACUAGAGGAAGGUGCUACACUUGAACUCGGCAGGUUUGUCCACCGCGAAGAUGCCACUGAAACACCCGGUGCCAGCCCCUCAAUUCUGCCUGCAGCAACGGGUACCACGCCUGAUGAAGCAGAACAAUCAUCCGACGCCGUUCCUACUACCACAGCCCUUGCUCCUCCAUCAGAGACUACUAACACCAGUACCCGGCAAUCCCGGCUUCGUUUCUCCCACUUCCAUUUCCGUAAACGUACCCAUAAUCACAGUGUCUCAGGUCCCGCUUUAGCCGUCCUUGAUGCCGAGCCUUCAACAAGUCACGAUGGGGACGCCAAUGGAGCGAAGGAGGAAAAGAAGGAAGAUGUGGAUGAUGGCGUCAAGGUGAUCAUCCGGCUCGCUGCUCUCGACGAGCAGGGAACGGAGCUGGCCUCGCCCAACGAACAAUUGACCUAUCUUCACGUCGUUCGUUUCGGAGCUAAGCCGUCUGGAGAGGAGGAGGAGGAUAAUAGACCCUGGGUCGUUAAAGUCGUCAAGCGGGAAGCCACGAUCGGUCCGCAUACGUUCCAUCUACAUGAAAUAUACGGCUUGUCGUCUUCUUCCACUGCCACUCAUGCACCCACUGCACCCCUUCCUGACUCGCACACUUACCCCCCAGAGUCUACGACUACGCCGCCGCCGCAACCUGUUGCAGAAGACGAGCCGUCUUCGGAGUGUCUCCUCUGCCUAUCCUCUCCACGAGAGGUCAUCCUUCUGCCGUGUCGCCAUCUGGUAGCAUGCAAAGAUUGCGCCCUUAACAUGGUUGAGUUUGGUGCCGGUGGGACGAUCACCCAAGCUGAAGAACCGGCCCCGGCUGCUGCUGCUACCGAGGAAGGCGCAACUACCACAGAGGGUACUGCAGCUGCAGAUGGCACCACCACCCCUGCACCCGCCCCGACGCCUACAGUCAUAGUGAACCCAAGGCGCAAGCGUAAGGCGAAGGGAUGGUUCUGCCCUGUUUGUCGACAACCAUAUACAUCUCUGCUGCGCAUUACAAACACUCCUCCCGAGCCACAACCCGCUGCUAAGGAACAAAUCGCAGACGAGGACGAGGAUGUUGCAGAGUCCCCGGCGACGGCUAGCGCUUCUACACCCCGCCCAAGCGGCGGAUUGCUAUCUGGAGCUUUUAGGCCUGCAUUCUUGAGGAGCUUUUCGAGAAACCCGACUGGGGAUGUGGAGAGUCAGACUCAAAUGACGCGGGUUGGUGCGUAG